AUGGAAAAACAAGACGAUAAACUUAAUGUCUUCAGAAUAGACGUGGACGCAGUUAUAAACCACAUGACUUGGAGUUUUUCCGGUCAUGGAACUGGGGGAUCAAGCUUUGACGGCAAUGCGUGUCGCUUUCCCGGAGUCCCAUACGGCCCAAAUGACUGUAACGGACAUGAUAACUGCCAUACCAGAGACAUCAGCAUCCACAACUAUGGAAAUCCAGAUGAGGUUCGAAACUGCCGUCUGGUUGGCUUGGCUGAUCUACGUCUCGGCUCCGACUAUGUUCGCGGAAAAGUUGCAUACUAUAUUAAUAAGCUGAUUGGUUUUGGAGUUGCCGGUUUUAGAGUGGAUGCGGCCAAGCACAUGUGGCCUGGGGAUUUGGAAAACGUUUUUGGACGGCUGCAAAAUCUAAGAAGCGAUGUAUUUGGAUCUGGCAAGAAACCGUUUAUUUACCAAGAAGUGAUUGAUAUGGGUGGCGAACCAAUUACAAUGAAAGAAUAUUUCGGCACUGGACGAGUAACGAAUUUCAAGUACGGCGUUGAGUUGGCUAAUAUUUUCCUUCGCCACUCCAACCAGGCUAAAUGGCUGCGCAACUUUGGUGAAGGCUGGUCAAUGCCACCUACAAAUGACGUUGUUGUGUUUCUCAGUAACCAUGAAAACCAAAGAGGUCACGGUGGAGGAGGGGCUCCGAUCAAAUUCAGAAAUCCAAAGCAGUUGAAGAUAGCCACUGCAUUCAUGCUGGCUCAUCCGUAUGGCUUUCUAAGGGUCAUGAGCAGCUACGAAUGGACACCACACUGGCAGAAUGGCGAUGAUCAUAACAACUGGCAGGGACCCCUUCACAACGGUGACAUGAGUAUCAAGGAUGUCACGAUCAACUCAGACAUGACAUGCUACAACGGAUGGAUUUGUGAGCACCGAUCGCGUCAAACGUACAACAUGGUGGCCUUUCGAAAUGUGGUGGGAGGCACUCCUCUACAAAACUGGCAUGCUUUUGGAGACUACCAAAUAGCAUUCUCACGAGGAAACAAAGGAUUCAUUGCCAUUGUUGGUGAUGGAAGUCACCUGAAUGCAAACGCUCAGACAGGACUACCAUCUGGAACCUACUGUGUCGUCAUUUCCGGAAAUUAUGAAAACGGCGCUUGCACCGGAAACAAAAUCCACGUAGACGGAAAUGGAAAUGCACAUUUGAAUAUUGACGGAAACUCGGAUGAUCCCGUUAUUGCUAUUCAUAUUGGAGCUAAAGUUGGCAACCCAAAGAAAGUAACAACAUAA